AAGCAUUCGAAAUAAAUUCUACCUGCUGGUUCAUGGUCAUUAAAGCUGUUGUAGGUCUUGUUUUCGUUAUUUAGUCACUCUAACCAAGGUCUACCUGUACCUCUGUUCUUCUUUUCAGGUUGAUCUGAGUUAUAAAUGAGUGAAGCAUAUGGAGGGAAGGAAAAUGUGUUUGGGAAGAAAACCAUUAUCUAUACAACAGAAAGCCCGCUAAUGUGUAUGGCUGUAAAUUCUAAAGCUGAAAUGGUGGCAGUAGCUGGUAGAAAUCUUUUCCAAGUAUUCAGUGUACAUGAGGACAAAUUCGUUUCACUUCAUCGCGUUAAAACGCCUUCGCGUUUGGUUGUGUCUGAUAUUCCAAAGUUAAAAGCACCUGUAACUGAUCCAAGCGGAACAGAAUGUGGGCCGAAUCCGACUCAUGGUGCUAUUGUUACUUCAACAGAACCGAUACCAGCUCGACACAGUCCUGUGAUACAAUCAACCAUAAAUCAACCUCGUUCUCACAGCGUUACAGACGUAAGCUGGUCAAAUGUAGGCGAUAUCCUUGCAACUGCAUCUACAAGUGGAGACGUGAUGUUAUGGGAUGUUGGCAGGGGAAUGACUCAAACUGCAUGUUUUUCUGGACAUAACCGGUCAAUACAUUGCAUUCAUUUCAACCCCACUAUUAGCACGGAAUUAGUGACAGCAUCACAGGAUGGAAAAUUGAAGCUGUUUGAUAUUCGUGAUCCGAAUCCGAGUUCUUCAUGUCAAAUAUUCUUUCAAAGAACUGCGUCACCAUCUCCUGUAAGAGAUGUAUCAUUUUGUCCUAAACAAGGAUACUUGAUUGCCGCUGCUCAAGAAAAUGGUGUUAUCAGUAUUUGGGAUACAAGAAAAGGCUCACGUCCUUUUCGUGCUUUUCAAGGUCAUUCAUGUUCUAUAACCACACUGGACUGGCAUCCAAAUUGGAACAUAACGACAUGUAACUGGUUAGCAACUGCUGGCGCUAGAGAUCAUUUAAUCAAGGUGUGGAACUUAAGUAGUCCUAGUGGGCAAAGUUCUGUUACCUGUCCGAACGUGUUAUACACUGUACGUACUUCAAAUGUAAAUCGUGUUCGAUGGAGACCUGCUUUU